CGAAAAGUGAACUUUUAUGGUUUGUGCUUCGAUGACUGAACAGAUCUUUAUUUGGAAGGGCAAUUUUUAAAAUUAAGAACGAUGUGCUUGUCCAGUUUUGAAUGAUAAAAGACAUAUAUAGUUAUAUGGGAUAAUAUAUUCAGUCCACACAAUGGAGUUUGAAGAACUGGAGCUUGAACGAUUGGAGAAGGAGAAGAAGAAGGCUCAGAGAAAGAACAACCUGAAGGAGGUAGCACAGCUGUGUAAUGUGAUUGGAGAACUCAAAGCUAAAUUUGGUCGAUUUGAAGAUGCCAUUGAAGACCACCAGAUGGAGUUACAUCUGAGUGAGGCACUGGAUGAUAGCAUGGGAACAGCCAUAGCUAAUAGGAAGAUAGGAGAAUGUUACUGUGAGCUUGGAAAGUUUGACCUGGCAUUGAAGCACCAGCAUCGCCAUUUAGAGUUAGCAGAGAGCGAACACAGCGACAUAGAACAACAGCGGGCAUGGGCUACCAUAGGGCGCACCUAUCUUUAUCAGGCUGAGGCAAUCAAGACACCAGGGGGAGCUGAGGCAGUGCUGCGCAAGGGGGAGGAUGCUUUCAUGAAAAGCUUAGAAGUUUGUGAGAGGCUGAAGAGGUCAAUCAAGAAUGAAGAGUAUAUGGAGAUGAAGGCUAGGCUAUUCUUAAACUUAGGUUUGGUUUAUGACAACAAGAGGGAUGAAAAGCAGUGCACUGAAUACAUGAAACGUGCUAUCAUGAUUGCAGAGAAGCACAAUCUGGCAGAGGAUCUGUACAGGUGUCAGUUCUGCCUGUCUGGAAUCUACCAGAGGAAUGGGAAACCAAGCCAAGCUCUCAGGUUCCUGGAGGAAGCUCUCAAAUGUGCACGGAAGAUGAAAGACAAGGUGCUGGAGAGUGAGGUGCUGGUCAGUAAGGCACAG